AUGGAUCUGACAACGCUGUUUUACAAUCUUCGUGAAGAAGUUUCUUGUUCGGUGUGCUCGGACUUAUUUACGGAUCCUAAACAUCUCUCCUGUCUGCACAGUUUCUGCUUAAAGUGUCUGAAUCGAUGGUACGAAACGUGCGGCGGUGGACAGGCCAUUAAAUGUCCAAACUGCCAAACCCUAAGCAGAGUACCCGCGAGCGGUGAUCUGAAAGAUCUUCCAACAAGCUUUUAUUUGAACGGCUUAAUCGAUGUUCUUGCCAUCAAAGAAUGCAAAAAGACUCAAGUGACAUGCGGAAACUGCGACAAGAAGUGCUCGGAAGCUUCGUAUUGUUUCCAGUGUUGCAUAUUUUAUUGCGAGCAUUGCUUAAUGUGUCAUAAUACCAUGCGAGACAAAAAAGAUCACCGCGUAUUAGCGUUGAAAGAGUUUCAAAACAAGGACUAUGAGGAUGUAUUGAAGCGACCAGUGUUUUGUUCAAAGGAACGACACCAGAAAGAAGAGCUUAAAUACUACUGCAAAGAAUGCGAAACGGUUCUUUGCCAAACUUGCGUCACUCUGGAUCACGGAGGUCAUGAUUUGAGAUUAAUCGAAGAAGAAGCCGAAAACAAAACACUCGAAAUAAAAUCUAUCCUCCAAUCACAGAGAGAAGGGUUAGAUGCAAAACUAAACGUGAUUGUUCAACUAGACGAAGACUGUGCUAAAGUGAUUCAACAAAAUGAAAUCGCCAGGAGAGAUGUCCAAAGGUUUGCUGAUGGCUUGAUCAAAACAAUUCAAGCAAAAAUGAAAAAUAUUAUUACCGCUGUGGAGAACCAAACGAAGAAGUCACUCGAAAGUUUAAAAGCAAAAAGAAGUGCGAUUCAGCAACAGAUA